GCAGCUCCUCAGCGCGUCCGCCUACUUCCGGGAGGCGCCGGAAGCGCCGUCGCCACUUGCCGCGCCAUUGGCGGCCGCCGGGGCAGAGGUGACCGCUGAUUGGUGGCGCGGCGCUGAGGGGGCGAGGCAGAGGGCGGGCGGAAGUGACGUGUCGCGCCCCACCCAACCGCCCCGCCCUGCGCGGCCAUUGUCGCCGCCGCUCCCGGUCCCGGCGGGGCAGUCCCGGCGCCCCCGUCAUGUCCCGCCGCCCGCUGCGGGCCCCGAGGAGCCGAGACGAGCGGCCCGGCAGCGCCCCGCAGUUCAUCGCAGGCUGUAUGUACCAAGUAGUUCAGACGACGGGACCUGAUGGAAAAAACCUUCUGAAAUUACUUCCGAUUUCUAAAUCUUCUAGCAGCUUUGUGCCCAUAAUUCAGUCUUCAGCCAUGCAAAAUAAUUCCAAAGCAAAUAUUUCCAGUCCGGUCCGUCUUACUUUUAAGACACAGCUCGUCAAUACUACUGCACCUCCGUCUGGCCAGAUAUCUGUUUUUCAGUCUUCUAAUCCUGGAAGGAUAAUUCUCACAAGGACGUUAGACAAACAGGAAGGUGUUGGGGCAGAUUCUGACAAAGAAACCCCCAAACCAGGCGCUGACGCCCCAAGCGUUUCUGCGGACGGGUUGUCCUUGCAGGACGUCGCUGUCACAAGUUCGCCCCACCAGAGCAGCACGACGUUCAUGGUGGUGAACACUAAAAGCCCUCCCGGUUCUGCGCCGGCUCCAGUGCUGCCCGCCGGCCACCACCUCCAGAUCCCGGCGGACGCUGAAGUGAUAUCUGUCCCGGCUUCGUCCUUACCCCCCGCCAUCCAGCAGAAAAUACUCGCGGCUGCGGCGACAGGAGGAGCCGAGAGCACAAAAAUGCCGACGGUUAUUUAUGUGUCGCCGGUGAACACGGUGAAAAUGGUACUUCCCAAGCGUUUGCAAGCCCUUUGCCCAAAACCUGCCGCUGAAGUUUCGAAAAACUUAAUAAUGACAGCUGCACAAAGGGGAAAUAGUUCCGAGACGGUAUCGGACGGUGCGCAGGGCGAGCGAACGCCCAUGAAGUGGGUUGUGCAGGAGAGUCCGCAGAUCUCAGCGCCGUGUCUCAUUCCUGUGAAGUCGUCGAAUAACGUGGCUUCCAAGAUCUUGAAGACCUUGUCGGACAUGAAGAACGUGGACGCCAACUCUGCAAAUAUUUUACCGCUGUGUUCCAGCGGUCCUGGUGGCAGCCAGACAAAACUCGCGCCUAUCAAAGAGAACGCUCUGGUCAUGUACAAAGGGAAAGUCUAUUUGUUGACCAAGAGAGGCUCUGAUGUUCUGUCUACUCAAGCAGACAAACAAGUGUCUUCUCCCGAUGCUUCUCAAAAGGAGACGUCCAAGCCACCUGAUUCCACUCCAGCUGAUAAAAUACCCCAUGAAACAGUGAAUCUGAUGUCACCAAAGAGCAAAGGAGUGGUGGUGUCUCCAAAAGAGCCCAGAAUGGGUACAGACUCAAAAAACUCUUCACCAACCGGCUUAAGAAAUGACUUAAAACCUGCACCGGCAGCUCCGGCGGCAGCGAGUGCUGCCCAGCAGAGUUCCCCUGCGAACCAGAGCGGGAGUUUGCCCGUCAGCGAGAGCGUUUCCAGCGGAGCGGCCGCUGCGACGGCCCCGGGGCCGCGGGAGAGCCAGGGGAACAGAGAGAAGAGUCGUUCCCCCCAAGCAGCGAGUGCUGUUUCACCGCAGCCUGAGCACGCGUGCGCGCUCCGGGAAGACGGGGAACAGAUCCAGUGUGAAAAGGUGGAUUCACCAGAAAGGGUUAUUCAAAUCCAACACCAAGAGAAGCCGCAUUGGAAACAAUACUUGGAAUUAAGGAAGCAAUUUGGUCUGUGUAAGGAGGAGCGAGUGUACCUGAGGAGGAUCCCGCUGAGGACGUCCUGCGAGCAGCCGGGGGCGGGAGCUGGGCCCGGUAACGGCUUGAAAAGGAAGAACGAUUCGUGCAAUUCGUCAUCGUUAGAUGUGGAAGUAACAAAUCAACACCAGGAAUGCGUUGAAGAGGAAAAGAUAAUUGUGGAUCUGGAAGAGGAUUUGACUAAGAGAAGAAAAAUAAAAUCCUCACCACGGUCGGACAGUGAAAGGAGAAGGAAAACACCACUCAAACCAGCAAGUUUGGAAAACAGCAGCUCGAGCUGCAGUUUGCUGGACAGAAGCGUUUCCCCUCCCGUCUUACCGCAGCAAAUCGUUUCCACAGACUCUGCAGCGUCGGCUCUGGGGAGGGACCCUGAGCAAGACCCCUUCUCGCAGGACAGCGACGCUGCCUACUCCAGCAUUCCCGUUCUGGUGUCUUGUGAAGAUGAUACUUCGGUUCUUGAGGGUUCUUUCAGAAACGACGUUUUCCCUUUGACUCCCCCGGACUUGGAUGAAACGAUACGGGAUGAGAAGAUAAAACGACUGAAGCAGCUCUUGAGGGAGCGGGAGGCGGCGCUUGAGGAGAUGCGCAGGAAAAUGCAGCAAAGCUGAAGCACUGAACCUGCUGCUCUGGACCGUGUUCGCCCCCAUUUCAGCGGCUUCAAGAAGAAAUUCCUUGUUUAAAUGAACGCAGCUCUUUCUGGUGGAUAGAAGAUCUUAAUGGGAUUUACAGUAUGAGUUUAUUUAGGAAAGUAUAGGUUUCUUCUUAAAUACCAGAAAUAAAAGACUUGGACCCCCAAGUUCUGCUUCUGGGCCAUCCUGUGUAUCAAAGACUGAAGAAGGAAGGCUUCCUUAGGAGUGUGUUCUCUGCAUUUUGAAUUGAGGGGUUUCUGUGUUAGUGUUAGCGAAUAAACUUUCCCACUUUGGAAUUCCAUCGCCUCUCUUAGAAACCAAAUGUAAAUUGCAAACCCCAGUGGUAGCUAUUUUUUUGUUUUCCUACCAUUUGACAACUUUUGUGAAUUCUUCGGCCUGUCAUUGUAACAGGUCAAUGGUCAGUGUUUAAUAAAUGCUAUUUAAGUCAUUUGGAAUUAGACUUUAGGCUGUAAUAAUGCAAGUAUUUAUACAAAACCUCUUCCACCUGGGAAGGGGAAGCAGCACCAGCCUGUGCUGACACUGCAGCAGCUCCUGGCCUUCCCUGUGCUUAUUGUGAGCCUUUAUAAGGCCUUUGCCAAUGUGCGAUGUUCACCUGCAGCUGGGGAUUGGGUUUGGAGGGAGGUGUAUUUUUUCUAACUGGAUUUAUGUUGAAUAAUAAUUUGUUGAAGCAAAAAACCAAAAGGCGCAUUUCUUUA